AUGACAUUAUUACAUAUAGCCGUGAUCAAUUCUCUUGCCUACGUAUGGGUUCGUUUAUUACUUGUAUACGGUGCAGAUCCUUGUGCACAAGACGAAGAUGGCUAUACUCCAGCUCAUUAUGCAGUCGAAUGUAAUGACAUUGCAAUGUUAAAAGCAUUAACUAUGAUACUUCAUUGCCACACGAAGACACUUUCGGACAGUGAAAUAGUCAACGUGCAUCAACGUUGUCUAAAUGCAUUGGUUGUACGAGAGAAGAGUGGUGGUUUGAUAGUAAGCAUGUUAACAUGUUUAAAACAGGCAAUUAAAUGUGUUGAGUAUCUGCAUCAAUUGCAUAUGGAACAGAUAGAAACACAAGUGAGUGAGCGUAUAUAUUAA